UCCGGUGGGGACAACCCUUAGCUGACUCAUUCCGGAACUAAAGGAAGAAACAUCCGUAGUUACGCUUGCUCCCUGGAAAUACUAUUGUUUAACACGUGGAUUUUGCACGAUUCGAAUACUGAAUAGCUUGUCCGUGAUUCGGUUGUGACCGAGGAAUUUAGUUUAAUGACUUGGUAGAUUUGUGCAGCGAUCGAUUUAGUGGCUCGAGUUCCUGUUUCUUGAUCACCGACGCGACACCGGCGUAAUCAGCUGUUAGCUGUGAGAAUUUGGUGUUUGUUUGCCCAUCCCGAUUGACAUCCCCAUCGGUGGUAGGCAGGUAUUUUCCCCAUCGCUACGUGUGUUGGGGUCCCUGCCUGCUGAUGCUAGCAGGUUUUGUGCUUCGGUCAGCAGAAUUCCUUGGAUACGAUAGAAAUUCACCGAAGACAAUAUGUCAGCUUCCCGGACAGGGAGAAAGAAACCUCCACGUUUUAGGGGGGAAUUGAAAUUCCAACCACCUGUGAGUCCACCAACUCCAGAAAACUUACCUGCUGAUAACAAAGCCUCAAUCACUGUUGAGGGGAAAAAUUUCCUUGUUAGGGCGGAUGAUCUGAAGCCGAUAUGUGAACUAGGACGUGGUGCUUACGGUGUGGUGGAAAAAGUAAAACAUGAACAGAGCGGCACUGUAAUGGCAGUAAAGAGAAUAAGAGCGCAAGUCAACAGUAAAGAAGAUAAGCGUAUUGUAAUGGACAUGGAUGUAGCCAUGCGAAGUUCACUGUGUCCAUUCACAGUCACCUUCUAUGGUGCUAUGUUUCAAGAGCCAGAACGAAUUGAUCCUGAAAUAACACAGAAUGAAAAAGGCUACGAUAUUAAAUCUGAUGUCUGGAGUUUGGGUAUCACUAUGAUUGAGUUGGCGACUGGUAACUUCCCGUACGCCUCAUGGGGAACGCCGUUUGCGCAGUUGAAGCAAGUUGUAAAGGAGCCAUCACCAAAGUUACCAGACGGCAUUUUUUCACAGGAGUUUGUCAACUUUACAGAACUAUGCCUUAAAAAGAACUUCAGGGAAAGACCUUCAUAUCCAUCACUUUUGAAACAUGAGUUCAUUGCACCAUAUGAAAGCAAAACUGUUGAUGUUGCAAGCUACGUGCAGAGAAUACUGGUACCAGAACCAGACAAUCAAUAAGUUGGCCAAUAUAUAUAUUAAACUCAGGAUGCUAUUUUUAUUACAAUGUAUGUCGAGUAACAAUUUUAGAAACAAUUUAUAUCAUGUAACCAAAUGGGAGGGGGGAUAACAAGGAAAUGUUUUUUUAUUUAAUUAUUAUGACCUGCCCAUAUGGGUGUAACCAAGUAUUAAAUCAUGUUGAUGUGGGCAAUUUGGAUUCAUCCAUUAUAGGUUUAUGGGGAUGCAAGGGUACAGCCACGUGAAGGGGCAAAUGCAAGUUUAAUAUAGAAAUGGUUUUUUUUAUUCUUAUUUUAUAUGAGAGUUAUGUGAACAGCAAAAUAUCCUUUUCUGCGAUAAUAUGAAAUACCCUUAUCCAGUAUUUACAGAAUUUUGAGCACAUGUCCAUGCUGUAAUUUCAUAUAUUUGGUUUUUUCUUUUGUAGUAUAGUUACCGACAUAGCAGAAUAUUCUCCCUUAAUUGUUUUCUUCUUCUUCAUGAUAUGUAUAAUCCAUUAUUUAUACCACAGUACCGGGUAUAAUAAAUUCUGAAACGCUUGACAACAACCCCCCUCCCCUCCCACCUCCAGUGCAUUCUUUGUUAUCAAAUACACGCGUUUAGUUUUUUCCAUGACACUACUUUUAAUAUUAUACACACACCACUUUUAUAUUCAUUUCAUCAACUUUGAACUCGCUUUACUCUCAUAAGUAUUAGGGGCUGACGUAAAGUGAAAAAAUCAUGGACAAGUAGGCAGCUAAAAGUUGAAAAAAAAAAUUAUGUUUCUUUAUUAUCGAGGUCUUUAACUCUUAGAAACUUUCUCAGAAUAAACUAGCAUCG